UCCAAGUCCCUGGAUGCGUGCGUCGAAGGGGUGCUGUCGAGCCUGUACCCUCCGUUCGAGUUGACCGCCCCGACGCUGCUGGGUCAGGUGUUCCCCGUGUGGGAGCAGGGCUUCCACGGCGACGCGCUGCAGUACCUGGUCAGCUUCCUCAUUCCGGCCAAGCACCUCCUGGAAAGCCUGCAGAUCUCGGCCUGCGCAAACUAUCCGGGGAAGAUCUUUCGUCACGAGGGAUGGCCGCUUUGCCUGGGGGAGCGUGUGGUGCUCCAGCUUUGUGACCUCGACCCCCACGUGCUGCGAUCACGGGACUUCUACCUGCAGGUCGUUCCGAGUCCGAGCGGGGAGCAGACUCCCCGGGUCGUCUUGAAGUGCCUCUCCCGGCGCGGCUUGCGGCAACCCCGGCACAGGCACCACCGCGGCCGGCAAUCCCGGCAGCGCCAUGCCAACGUCCUGGAGGUGUCCUGCCCCGAUGACCCGCUCUGCAGCCUCUUGAGCAUGGAAUGGCUGCAGGGGGUGAGUGCGGAGAGGGGGGGCCCUCCGCUAGAGAACUGCGUGCUCUCCUGUCCCGAGGGGCCCGUGCGGCUGCCCUGGAAGGAGCUGCUGCAGCCCGAGUUUGUCGACGUGCCGAGACCCUCGGCUCGGCAGGACUCGGCGUCGCCGGAGGAGAGUGCGAUGGAGCGCGGCGGCGGUGACGCCGCCGCCGCCGCCACCGCCGCGAGUCUUGCCGGCUCCGAGGACAAACCCGGCGAUGAUUCGGCGUCCCGCGCCUGCGCGCCGGAGUCCGGAGACGCCGGCGAGGUGAAUCGGUCCCAAACGUGUUUGGGCAGGCGUCGGGUCAGCCCUGCUGGAAGCACGCGUGCCUCGCACACCGCUCCCGGCGGGUCACGUGGCGGGUUGGAACUAGCGACGGGGCGUAGAGGUGAUGUUGACGAUGACGACGCCGUUGCUGCUGCUGCUGCGAACAAGUUGAUGGUUGAAACUAAACGGGCCGAGCCAUGCGAAUCCGCUCAGUGCCUUCACAAUCGAAUCGGCUUCGGCCGCCUCUUCAGAUUGCCAAGGGGCGCCUUGCCUCGUCGGAGUCGCUUUCGGUGCAGUUGCCUCUUCCAACAACCGCAAGUAUGCGGCCGUGAGCGACGCCAAUGUUGCGUCUCGGUGUCGCGGCGCAACUCAGGAAGGAAGUCAUCAAAGCGAGCUCGUACAGAGCAACGUAAUGAGACGCCGUAACGAUUGCCAAGUCGUCCCCCCGCAUCAGCUGCCGAUCUCCAGCCGUGCCCACAGCGACACGGGAAACGCUGCGGCUGCUGUUUUUCCCCACGGGGCCGCGAGCGAUCCUGAAAGUUAUUCUGACGGUGCGCGCCCGCCCG